UUGCAUCACAAAGAGUUUUUGAACUCUUAGUGUAUUAAUCCAAGAGAACAACCAAAGGUGAUGGCCUGGUUUAGAGGUACUAGCAACCGUGGUUUCUCUUCAUGGGGACAUCAAAGUUUACUGUUGGUAGUGGAGCUGGUGACCAUUGUGUUGCUUUGUUGCAUGACUGUCUAUUCAGUUGGAGAGGUUCAGACCCACAACUUCAUUAUACAGUCCACAAGGGUGACUAGAUUAUGCAAAACCAUCAAUGUAAUAACGGUGAACGGUCAAUUACCAGGCCCAACCCUUGAAGUCAAUAACGGUGACACCCUCAUUAUUAAUGCUGUCAACAGGGCAAGAUACAAUGUCACCCUCCAUUGGCAUGGGAUCAGACAAAUUCGAACAGGGUGGGCAGAUGGACCUGAGUUUGUCACGCAAUGUCCAAUUCGACCUGGUGGGAGCUACACUUACAGGUUCACCAUUGAGAAUCAAGAAGGCACAUUAUGGUGGCACGCACACAGCUCAUGGCUACGGGCCACUGUGUAUGGAGCCCUCAUUAUUCACCCUAAACCUGGUGCUUCUUACCCAUUUACUAAGCCCAAAAGAGAAGCCCCCAUCAUUUUAGGGGAGUGGUGGAAUAGGAACCCAAUAGAUGUUGUGAACCAAGCAACUCGGACCGGAGCGGCGCCUAAUAUCUCGGAUGCUUACACCAUCAACGGCCAGCCCGGAGACUUGUACAACUGCUCUAGCAAAGACACUGUGGUCAUUCCAGUGGCCUCUGGCGAGACCAACCUCUUCAGGAUCAUCAACGCUGCACUCAAUGCCGAGCUCUUCUUCAAAAUAGCCAAUCACAAGUUUACAGUGGUCGCUGUCGAUGCCUCAUACACGAAGCCCUACACCACCGAUGUCUUGAUGAUCGCCCCUGGCCAAACCACAGACCUUCUCGUGACAGCUGACCAAGCCCCCGGCCGAUACUACAUCGCGGCCCGGGCCUAUGCUAGUAACAUAAAUGUUGCCUUUGAUAACACCACCACAACAGCAAUCCUCCAGUAUCAGGGCUUACCUUGCCCUGCACCCGGCACUUCGGCCCCGCAGCCUAUAAUGCCAUCCUUGCCUUUCUAUAAUGAUACAAAUACUGCGACUAGGUUCACAACAAGCCUCCGGAGCUUGAACUCCAGGGAGUUCCCAGCUCGUGUGCCGCAAAGUGUGGACGAGAAUUUGUUCUUCACUGUGGGGUUGGGAUUGUUUAACUGCCGUACGGGGCAAAUGUGUGGAGGGCCAAACAACACACGAUUUGCUGCCAGCGUGAACAACAUCUCAUUCGCUCUUCCACAAAGCUUGUCCAUUUUGCAGGCACACACAUACGGGGUAAACGGGGUCUUUACGCGUGAUUUCCCACGAGUGCCACCAGUGCAGUUCGACUACACAGCGCAGAACGUGAGCCGCGCACUCUGGCAACCGGUGCGGGGCACCAGGGUGAAGCAAAUGAAGUUUGGGUCAGUAGUGCAAGUGGUGCUGCAAGGGACCAAUAUAGUUAAUGGUGAGAACCACCCCAUGCAUCUCCAUGGCCACGAUUUCUAUGUUCUCGCUGAAGGAUUCGGGAACUUCAAUCCUUCAAGGGACACUAGCAACUUCAACUUAGUGGAUCCACCAUUGAGGAACACUAUGGGUGUUCCUAUUAAUGGAUGGGCAGUUAUCCGAUUUGUAGCAGAUAAUCCAGGAGUAUGGCUGAUGCACUGCCAUUUCGAUGUGCAUAUCAACUGGGGCUUGGCCAUGGUCUUCCUGGUCGAGAAUGGAAUAUCUGAAUUGGAGAGUUUGGAGCCUCCACCAAUUGACCUGCCCCCAUGCUAAGCACAUCACAUACUCAUUUCACCAUCUCUCUCUCUCUCUCUCUCUCUCUCUCUCUCUAGUUUAAAUGGAAGCAUUAGGCAAGAGACUUUCUUCUGAUCCUUUCAUUUUUGUUACUUGAGGUGCAUUUGGUUUUCAGUAUCAGAUGAAUUUUGAUUAGAAUUCUCUUAA